CUGGAUUGGGACUUGCGCAUGCAGCGAUGGAGUCAAAUCAACGGCAAAUGAAUGUCGUGUUAGUCAAUGCUCGGACAGCAAACCGAGGUGAAGUUUCCUUUAUUGAACAUCGGAGAACCCAGUCCCUUGCGUGGGAUGGUACUGACGAUGCCAGAGAUUCUGCAUUUUUGAUCUCUAAUACCUAGUUGAGCACAUAAAUCCGAGAAGAGGUUCCAUUUGCUCGAAAAAAGUUUGAGAGCCUCUCCAUUCUCCGCACUCAGACCAAUAUGUCCUCUACAGAAACAAUUCAAGCGUUAGUUCUACACGGCGCGAAAGACUUGAGACUGGAAACAAGACCACGACCUGCUCCUGGACCCGGAGAAGUGCAAAUAGCAGUCAAGGCGACCGGCCUCUGUGGUUCCGACCUACAUUACUACAACGAGGGCCGGAAUGGGAAUUUCGUCCUGCAAUCGCCCCUGGUCCUCGGCCACGAAGCAUCAGGCGUCGUGACGGCGCUGCCAGACUCCUCGAAUGGCGCCACCAAUGGACCUACACCUUCAGCAGGUCUCAAAGCGGGCGACAGAGUAGCCAUGGAAGUUGGUUUCCCCUGUCGAACCUGUUCUUUAUGCACCAGUGGUCGGUAUAAUUUAUGCCCAAAGCUGUCCUUCAGGUCUUCGGCAAAGACAUUUCCUCACGCUGACGGGACGCUACAAACGAUGAUAUCACAACCGGCCAACAUGUGCCAUAAGUUACCCGACAAUGUUACUUUCGAGCAGGGUGCUCUCAUUGAGCCACUGGCGGUGUCCUUACAUGCUCUAAAUCGGAGUCAAACGGCUGGCUCGGGUUCCGGAGUGCCGUUGACAGGGUCCAGCGCACUGGUCCUUGGAGCUGGCGCAGUGGGUAUGCUGACCGCCGCUGCCCUUGCAGUCGCUGGUGUUACUGAUGUUGUCAUUGCUGAUAUUGACGCCCCAAGGUUGAAGAUUGCAGCGGGUCUUGGUGGUGGGAGAUAUAAACUCCAGACGUUUCUCCUGCCUCGAAAAGCGCCCGCACCGACAAUCGAAGAAACACUUUCUGGAGCACAAAAUUUGGCUGCCGAGGUCUCCAAAUCAGCUGGUCUAGAAUCAGGAUUUGACAGGGUUUACGAAUGUACAGGCGUGCCUUCGUGUGUGCAGAUGGGCAUCUUCGCUACUGCGGCCGGCGGCAAACUCGUUCUUGUGGGAAUGGGUAACCCAACACAAACGCUACCCUUGGGAGCGGCAGCCUUGCGAGAAGUGGACAUCAUUGGAGUCUUCCGAUAUGCCAACUGCUAUCCUGCAGCCAUUGCCCUAUUUGCCAGCGGAAAAUUGGAUGGCGUCGCAGAAGAUCUUGUUACGCACCGGGUUGCGCUCGCAGAUGGCGAGAAGGCGUUCAGACUGGCUGCGAACCGGGCACGAGAAGGAGAGGAUGAAGGAAGAGUGCCGGUGAAGGUGGUCAUUACUACAUAGGGCAAACAAUGUACCAAUCCAGACCAAAAGAGCAUCC